AAGGGAACAUUCAGCCAUUACACUGCGAUGAGGUGUGCCGGAGAUUUUGCAUAGAUUAUCAAGCAAUCAAGAAGACACUAAAAAUAUCUGGAGUUGCUGAGCACACCUUUGCGCAUAGGUGUCUGGGUGUGGGUGGCUGGAUUCUUUGGGUUCUAUACUGUUCUGGAGGUGUAGCUGUAGGUUAUUUUCUAUUACUUUGGGUGUAAUUAGAGUAGUUUCCCUUUGUAUUUAUCUUGAAAAUGACGGCUCAGGUAGACUACCUGGCGGUGUUGUUCACCACCACAUCUGGUGCGAGCGGAGACCUCUUGGGUUCGGACGAGACGGAGCUCGAGCAGUUGGUGUGGCAGCUCGUGGACUUGACGAACAAAAAGUUGGGAAAGGUGAAUGAGGUGUUAAUACGGCCUGAGCACUCGGACCUGGCAGAAGAUUGUCUGGGGGAGAGAGAAGACAGCGAGGAGUCUGUCUCUACAGUCACAGGCUUGGAGCACGCGCUAAACCUGUUCCAUCUGAGAUUGACCAAUGAGGUGAACAGCUUGGGCACGGGCACGUCAGUGUGUGUGUGUACGGACGGGCAGCUCCACAUUCGCCAGGUUCUCCACCCCGAAGCUGCGGGCAAGAACCUGGCACUGCCAGAAUGUUUCAACUCCUUUUUUGACCUGAGGAAAGAGUUCAGGAAGCACUUCCCCUCUGCAGACACCAAGAACCUGGAGGUGCAGAAAAUGGCAGAAUCUCUCAAUGUAACUGUGGAGCCAGUAGCCGUCUUGGAUCCAACAGCCGUCCUGGAUCCAACAGCCAUCCUGGAUCCAACGGCCGUGUUGUCACCGGUCACAGCAGCACUGCAGGUCCAGACCAUGGCCAACAUCGUCCUAGCCCUGCUAUUGGAACCCUUAUGUCACACAUUCUCAAACCCAGAGAGAGUCACUGAGAAGUUUGAAAGCGGCACUUGCAGUAAGAUGGAGCGUGUGUGUGACAACACAGUGAUCAGAGCGAGGGGGUUGCCGUGGCAGUCAUCUGACCAGGACAUCGCUCGCUUCUUCAGAGGACUCAACAUUGCCAAAGGUGGCGCUGCGUUGUGUCUGAACGCCCAGGGUCGGAGGAACGGAGAGGCUAUGGUCCGCUUCAUCAGUGAAGAGCACAGAGACAUGGCCCUGCAGAGACACAAACACCACAUGGGCAACAGAUACAUAGAGGUGUACAAGGCAACAGGAGAGGACUUCCUUAAGAUAGCAGGCGGUACCUCCAGUGAGGUGGCGUUGUUCCUGUCUCGUGAGGACCAGGUGAUUGUCAGGAUGAGAGGUCUUCCCUUCACCGCCACACCUGACCAGGUGCUGGCCUUCUUCUCCCAGGGGGAGGGGCCUAAAGAGGCGUGUCCUGUCAGUGGUGACAAGGAUGGCAUCCUAUUUGUGCGUUUCCCUGAUGGAAGGCCGACAGGCGACGCCUUUGUCCUAUUCGCCAGUGAGGAGAAUGCUCAGUGCGCUCUCAGGAAGCACAAAGACAUCCUGGGAAAGAGAUACAUUGAGCUGUUCAAGAGCACCGCCGCUGAGGUGCAACAGGUGUUGAACAGGUACACGUCAGCCCCUCUGAUCGCCGUGGCUCCAGCCCCCCUGGUGUCAAUGUUGCCCUCUGUGUCUCUGUUGCCCUCUCCUGGUGGUGUGAGGGACUGCCUCAGGCUGAGGGGGCUGCCCUACACCGCCACCAUAGAGGACAUACUGGCCUUCCUAGGAGAAUACACACACGACAUCAGACCACACGGAGUACACAUGGUGGUCAACCAACAGGGUCGUCCGUCAGGGGACUGUUUCAUCCAGAUGCGUUCAGCGGAGCGGGCUUUCUCUGCCUCCCAGCGGGUCCACAAGCAGGUGAUGUCUGGUCCGGGCCAGGCUGGCAAGCGAGGGGUUAACAGCCGCUAUGUGGAGGUGUUCCCCUGUAGUGCUGAAGAGAUGGGUCUGGUGUUGAUGGGUGGAUCCCUCUCACACACACACGUUCACACACACACCCGGACCAGGAGUGGGACAGGGCUCAGUCCGCCGCCAUGUAAGUCCAGACGUCUGUCUCCUCCCUCCUACUCCUUCCCACCCGUCCCUUCCAUCCUGCCGGCUGAGGCUGCCGGCCUCUUCCCGCCCAUUGGGCAGGUGCUGCUGAGUCCCCGCCCCCUAGGACCUGGACAAGCCUACUACCCAGCUAGCACUCAGCUCUACAUGAACUACACUGCAUACUAUCCCAGCCCCCCAGGUUCUCCCAACACUAUAGGGUACUACCCCUCCUCCACCCCCCUGCCCUCCCCUGGGGGAGUGGUCCGUAUGCAUGGCCUCGCCUAUAAAGAACUGCUCAACACCAUUCAGGGAUACCAGUACGCUACUGAGGAUGGCCUUGUGCACGCUCAUGCUAACAUGCACGAUCACGAUCCCUCCCGGACCCUGCUCACACAGCCCAAAGAGUGGGUGUGUAUUUAAGGGGUGUGUCCUAGGCAGGCGGAAGAGUCCUAUGGAGGCAUUGCCUGGACUGAGCAGUAUGAUUGGUCAGUCCAGCAGCGGUGAUGCUCUGAUGCCCUUCCCCCCUCUCCUGACCAGGCAGGGAGGGCACUACCUGGACGUAAAUAUGCUGUAGAAUGCUCAAAGAUCCACACACUGUCACUCACUACCCACACACUAUACCAGGAGGGCCAAGGGCCACAUUGGGGUUUCACCCAGAUCUGGAGGGCCACAGUGAAAAGUGGUUAUAUUUCCUUUUUUAUAUAUAAGAGAUGGCUCUCUAUAUUAAACUGUGCCGAAAGUUUGACACCCCUGCACCACAAUAUCACACAACACGCACAUGCGCGCCCCCCCCCCCCCAAAGGACAUGUGGGGGAAUGUCCUGGCCUCCAGCUCUGAUGUGUGUUCCCUGUCUGAGUUUUGUGGUAUGUACAGUGUAUAUGCAUGAGAGCAGAAAUGUAUUUUAUAUCAGAGCUUUGGCUCAGCCAAACAGCAGCUCUGUCUUAUAUUGCACAUAGUAUUUUAAAAAGCUUUCUAGAGACGUUCUAAGAUGUUACAACCACUUCAGGAGACGUCUGUUAGAAGUAGAGCUGCGUUUUGUACUAAUUAUUGAUCUGAACCUUUCUUCAGGACUUGCAUGCAUUUGUGUAUGUGUGUAAGUGCUUGUGAAUGCGUGUACGUGUGUGUGUGUGUGUGUGUGUGUGUGUGUGUAUACGUGCGUGUGGAUGUGUGUGUGUGUGAGAGAGAGAGAGAGAGAGAGGAAUGUGCAUACUGCACUACUCUCUCUAGAUAUGUAUAUGUCUAUAUUUUAUUCUGCCUGUCUAAAAACGUUAAAUUACAUUUUAUUUCUUUAUACUUUCUAUACUUUUACAAUCCAAUACUAGAACGUUGUAUUAGGAAGCCUCCUGCAUGAAGAAGUUAGUAGUGCUAGCUACACUCAGUUUGUUAUGGCAAAUAUAAAGCACUGCUAACCAAUCAGAUGACUAUACAGAUUAUACUGUAUAUCAACAGCAUAGUGUCUGACAUAAAGGUUACAUGUAGUUAGUCAAAUGCUGAAUCACUCCCACACCCCUCCCAUCUAACCUGUUUAUGUUUGCCUAGUUCCACUCCACCCUUGCCUUUUGUAUAUGACGCCAAGCUGAGCCCAGAGCCAGGAGAUUGCUAAUCCUGUUGCCGGUGGUGUAAAGUACUUAAGUAAAAAUACUUUAAAAUACUACUUAAGUAGUUUUUGGGGGUAUCUGUACUUUACUUUACUAUUUAUAUUUUUGACAACUUUUACUUUUACUCCAUUACGUUCCUAAAUAAAAGGAUGUACUUUUUUUUCCAUACAUUUUCCCUGACACCUAAAAUUACAAGUUACAUUUUGAAUGCUCAGGCUGGACAGUAAUAUGGUCCAAUUCACACACCUAUCAAUAUAACGCGUUGUAAUCCCUACUGCCUCAGAUCUGGCGGACUCACGAAAAUAAAAUACCACGUUUGUAAAUGAAUUUACUUUAUUUAUGACAGUUGAGUACUUUAUCCACCACUGUACUUAAGGACAUUUAAAAGCAGAUACUUUUAAACUUUUACUUAAGUCAUUUUCUAUGAAGUUAUAUUCACUUUUACUCAAGUAUGACAAUUGAGUACUUUUUCCACCACUGUACUUCAGUACAUUUAAAACCAGAUAAUUUUAGACUUUUACUUAAGUAAUUUUCUAUUAUCUUCACUUUUACUCAAGUAUGACGAAUGCUUACUUUUUCCACCACUGUCUAUUGCCUUACCCAGCUUGGUCCCAACUCACUGUGAUGGAGAUUUACCACUGUGCUCUCUGAUUCCUUACUGUAAUGUCACUGUGCCUGCAUCUCAACAGUCUACUUAACUGACAUAAAAGGACAUAUUGUUCUCAUCUAUCAUGAGUUUUCAGAUCAGUGCAGACUAAGGAGACGAGGCAUGGAGACGACUGCGCUUCAGACUAUUGAAACUCAACAGUGUGUUUUACUCCCAUGAAGGCCAGAUUAGACCGUAGAGCUAUAAAUGGCCCAUGAUGAUGUAAUACGUUAAUGAUGUAAUACAUUGAUGUCUGCUGUGACUGUGGGUCCCUGGCUGUCCAGGGAACUCUCCUGUGACCACACUGACACUAAUAAAUAGAACAUGUGGAACAA